AUGGCCUCGUCCGAGAAGCCGUUUCAGGGCGUUUCGCUGGCUGAUCUGCCCAAAUCAUGGAACUUCACAGACAAGUUGCCCCCGGACCUGGCCUUCCCAACCCCGGCAGCUUCUCACAAGACUCCACGAGAUGAAAUCACACCUCGUCUCGUCCGCGGCGCCCUCUUCACCUGGGUGCGACCCGCUCCCCAGCAAGACCCAGAGCUGUUGGCUGUGAGCCCUGCAGCUCUGCGGGACAUUGGAAUCAAGCAAGACGAAGCAAAAACCGAAGACUUCCGGCAGUUUGUAGCUGGUAACAAGCUAUAUGGCUGGGACGAGACAAAGCUCGAAGGCGGGUAUCCUUGGGCGCAAUGCUACGGAGGCUUUCAGUUUGGCCAGUGGGCGGGACAGCUUGGCGAUGGAAGAGCCAUCUCGCUCUUUGAAGCAACCAAUCCGGCUACCAAUGUGCGAUAUGAGCUGCAACUCAAGGGAGCCGGCUUGACUCCAUAUUCUCGCUUUGCUGAUGGAAAGGCCGUGCUGAGAUCCAGCAUCCGCGAAUUUAUCGUUUCCGAGGCGCUCAAUGCGCUGGGGAUACCUACGACCAGGGCACUGUCCCUGACCUUGCUCCCCCAUUCCAAUGUCCUGAGAGAGAGGGUUGAGCCUGGGGCCAUAGUGCUGCGGUUCGCCCAAUCAUGGCUGCGGCUCGGCACCUUUGAUCUGCUACGCGCGAGAGGGGAUCGCGAACUUAUCAGGAAGCUCGCAACUUACAUUGCGGAAGACGUCUUUGGCGGCUGGGAGACGCUGCCUGGACGGUUAGAAACACCCGAAGAACCUGCCAAAUCACCGCCUCCUAAGCGCGGAAUAUCAGCCUCUGACGUCGAGGGGCCCAGCAAUGCUGCCGAAAAUAGGUUCCAGCGGCUGUACAGAGAAAUUGUGAGGCGAAACGCCGUGACUGUGGCCCAUUGGCAGGCAUAUGGUUUCAUGAACGGUGUCUUGAACACCGACAACACCUCCGUAUACGGCCUGUCAAUGGACUAUGGGCCGUUUGCGUUCAUGGACAACUUUGAUCCAUCAUACACUCCGAAUCACGACGAUCACUUGCUGCGGUACAGCUACAAGAAUCAGCCUACAAUCAUAUGGUGGAACCUCGUGAGACUUGGCGAGGCUCUUGGAGAGCUUAUCGGUAUCGGAGCUCAGGUUGACGACGAUACCUUCAUCAACAAGGGCAUAGAAGAAGAGCAAGAGAAGGACUUGGUUGAGCGAGCGGAGAAUUUGAUCUCGCAGGCCGGAGAGGAAUUCAAAGCCGUCUUCCUGAACGAAUACAAGCGACUCAUGACGGCGAGAAUUGGCCUGCGCAACUUUAAGGAAGGGGACUUUGAAGAGCUCUUCAGCGAAGUGCUCGAUACGAUGGAGGGGUUGGAGCUGGAUUUCAACCACUUCUUCCGCCGGCUGAGCUCCAUCAGACUGGCAGAUAUUGCAGAGGCAAAGGAUAGAAAAGAAAAAGCCGCCAUCUUUUUCCACAAAGAAGGGCCGCCCGUUGUUGGAGAGGAAGCUGGGAAGGACAUGAUUGCCACUUGGCUUGAGAAGUGGCGUGCGCGUGUUCUCGAAGACUGGGGACAAGAGUCGUCCGAAGCCCUGUCCGAAGACGAAGACGCCGAGAGGAUCCGGGCCAUGAAGCAGGUCAACCCCAACUUUAUCCCUCGAGGCUGGAUCUUGGACGAAGUGAUACGGCGCGUCGAGAAAGAAGGCGAGAGAAAAGUCCUGGACCGUCUCAUGCACAUGGCCCUACACCCGUUUGAAGACUCGUGGGACGGAGCCACGAUCGACGGAGUCGAGUAUAAGGGCGAUCGAGAGGAGGAGCAACGAUGGGUUGGCGACGUGCCCAAGUUUGAGCGGGCCCUGCAGUGCAGCUGCAGUUCAUAG